UUUUGUAGUAGAUUUCAUAAAAUGUCAGCUGUUUAUAUGUUUCGAAGCCUUCAACAUCUAAUUUCUCCACAAAAAAAUAUAUCUUUUUUCACCAGAAGACGGUUUUCACAUGUAUGUCAGUUUUGUCAUAAAAAUCUACAUAACCUAAAAUAUGCCCGGUUUUUCUCAUCUUCAGCGGCAAGUUUGAAACAAAAUGACGAUGAAAAGAAAAAACAUAUAAAUAUAGGAACCAUAGGACAUGUAGACCACGGCAAAACCACUUUAACUGCAGCUAUUACAAAAGUGUUGCAAAAGGAUGGACUAGCUAAUUAUGUUUCCUAUGACCAAAUCGAUAAAGCACCAGAAGAAAAAGCGAGAGGUAUUACAAUUAAUGCUGCUCAUAUUGGAUAUAGUACCGUCAAAAGACAUUAUGCUCAUACAGAUUGUCCGGGACAUGCCGAUUAUAUAAAAAACAUGAUUUCUGGAGCUUCGCAAAUGGACGGAGCAAUAUUAGUUGUUGCGGCUACCGAUGGCCAAAUGCCUCAAACUAGAGAACAUAUUUUAUUAGCAAAACAAGUUGGAAUUUCUAAAAUAAUCGUUUAUGUCAACAAAGCUGAUUUAGUUGAUAAAGAAGUACUUGAUUUGGUUGAAUUAGAAAUACGAGAACUUUUAGAGGAUUUUGGCUUUGAUGGAAGCAAUGCUCCUGUUAUUUUUGGGUCGGCAUUGGAAGCUCUUAAUGGGAAAGACACAGAAAUUGGAGAAAAAUCGGUAAGAAAACUGUUGGAGACUGUCGACAAUUAUAUACCAAAUCCGGAAAGGGAUUUUGCAGCUCCUUUUUUGAUUCCAAUAGAUAAUGCCUUUUUAAUCCCGGGAAGAGGGACCGUCGUAAUUGGAACACUAAGUAGAGGUAUUAUUAAGAAGAACCAGGAGGCUAAUCUUUUGGGUUUUAAUAAUGAGAUUAAAACAACUGUUACUGAUAUACAGGUGUUUAAAAAAAGUGUACCCGAGGCAAGAGCCGGUGACAACAUUGGAGCUCUACUGAGAGGAGUGAGGCUUAAAGAUGUGGAAAGGGGAAUGCUACUUUGCGCUCCUGGGAGCGAAAAGUUGAGUAACCAGUUUAAAGCUAGCAUUUAUUUUUUAUCCAGAAGCGAAGGUGGUCGAUCAAAACCCAUACUGGGUAAAUAUUGUCAACAAUUAUUCAGUAGAACAUGGAAUGUACCCUGCAGAAUUGAUUUAGAUGAAGGAGUCAGCAUGCUAAUGCCAGGAGAACAUGGUACAGUAAAAAUAACACUUCUCUGGAAAAUGGUCAUGUCACAGGGGCAGCAAUUUACAGUACGAGAAAAUAAUAUAACUGUAGCUACAGGAAUUAUUACACAAACUUUGCCUGACGUAAAUGUUAAUACCAGCCUAGGAAAACUUAAUAUGUAAUUUCCUAGAGCGUAUUUGUGUACCUAUAAUUUUGUAAUAUAAAUUUUUCAGAGAA